CACUGAGAGCAAAAUCCAAAUUCCAAUAUCACCCAAUAAACAAGAGACACAUUUCAAAAUGAUAAAAUUGCAUCCUUCCACUCCAUAAAGGGGCCCAAAACAACGACUCAUCAUCAUCCAAUCCCAUCAUCCCAAGCAUCCAGAAAUCAGCGGCUUCUGAUUACUUUCUUGAUAUGUUGUAUCCUUAUUCAUUUAUUAAAGUCCUCCAUUAUUGAGUUGGUUGGAGAUUCGAAGGACUCUUCCUACACUGAUUAACUCUUUACAGUUGGUGCCGCAUUUAUUCUUGCCACACUGAUUAAAUCUUACGGUCCCAGGCAUUGGUUGACCUUGGUUUUUCUUCAAGCACCCAAUUUUUCUCGUCCCUCGCUUGGGGUUUCUCUUUCAAAGAUUAGUUUUUUCCCCCUUUACCCACCUGCAUAUAGUUUGAAUUUCAUGGUUGCUUCUUCAAAUAUGCAGGCCAUGCUUGUGGAGGGAUGAAGAUAGGAGAAGAUACUCUUGUUACUAAGGUGAUUUUGAGAUUGCAAUAUGACGGCCGUGCCUAAACAGACAGUUAUGGCUAUAAAGUCUUAUCAAAAUCAGGCUCAGAUGUUGUUUAAGAACUACUUAUUGGCCGAUCCCUUCAUUCCGUACACUUCCAUCCUUGGUGGCAUUCUUGCUUGCAAAGUGGCCUAUGAUCUUACCCAGUUAAUCAGCAGCAUUUACAUCAAGACUUACCCUGGUCUUACUAAAAUUCAACGAGUAGAGUGGAACAACCGUGGCAUCUCUACAAUUCAUGCCAUUUUUGUUUCUGCUUUGUCAUUGUACUUUGUUUUCUGGUCGGAUCUCUUUUCUGAUCAACACCUUCCUGGUCUUGUUGUCUUCCGAAGCUCACCACUCUCUACUUUUGGAUUAGGGGUUUCUGUUGGAUACUUCCUUUCGGAUCUUGGAAUGAUUUUGUGGCUAUAUCCAUCUUUAGGUGGAAUAGAAUAUGUUAUUCAUCACUCCCUUUCUGGAAUUGCAGUGGCAUAUUCAAUGUUUACCGGAGAAGCACAGCUUUAUACGUACAUGGUUCUUAUAUCUGAGGUGACAACUCCAGAGAUUAAUAUGAGAUGGUAUCUUGAUACAGCUGGUAUGAAGAGAUCCAGUGCAUAUCUCAUUAAUGGUGUUGUCAUCUUUUUUGCUUGGCUGAUUGCAAGAGUUCUUCUGUUUGGCUACCUGUUCUACCAUGUGUACUUGCAUUAUCAGCAGGUGAUCAAGAUGCAUACCUUUGGCUAUGUCUUGGUUUUUGUGGUGCCGUCAGUAUUAGCUACCAUGAACUUGGUGUGGUUUGGGAAGAUUAUUAAAGGUUUGGUGAGGACUUUAGCAAAGAGGCAACGGCGAAUAUAGGAAGUAAACUUGAGUCUAAUAUCUUCGGAUAUUGAUCUGUCAGAGAUUUGUAUAUUUUUCUACUCCUGCGAUGUAUAAAUGAUAUAGAAAAGGUCAAAAUCUGAGUACUAAUGAAAAACAAAAUUGAGUCUGAUCUGACUUUUCCAGUUGAUGGAUAUGGGAUUGUUGGAUAUGGUCCCAACUGAAUGUACUAUUUCAGUAAUCACUCAAAUAGUUGACUUGCACUCAGUCUGUACGCCUAUGCCAUAUCUUUCAAUUAUUUCGUUUUCAUGAACACAAAUUCACUACUAAAGAUUUCUAAGAAUUAAUGUUUUAAAGCAAAAAUUGUUACCAUUUCAUAAAAAAAAAAAAAAUCCCAUAAAUUUGUUAUCUUUGAACAUUUCUUGAUUAUUUGAGUUAUUUUUCGCCACAGCAGAUCACCCUAUUUUCUUCUAUCUAUGCAGGAGUAGUCGGUAUCAACUGAUCUCAUAAUUUUGACAACGGCUCAACGGUCCAAUAUGAGUCAUGUUCAUGAUCACUUCCUUGCAUAUGGUAAUAAGGCAAACAAACUUUGUCAAUGCUUCAGUCUUUCUUGAGUCCUUUUUUUCUGGCUGAAUUCGUUGCCUACUCCAUUACUUCAUUAGCAUAUUUUGGAUUUUCAGACUGACAACACCAUCCCUUCUUCAGAAUUGUCUCAUUACUCAUUUUAGCAAUGGGGUUAGUCUUUUUCACGAUGAUGAUAUACAAUAUCAGAAUGGAAAUGCAGUUUCACCAGAAUUCAUCACUUCCACCAGAAAUAAGAAAACAUAAUUCUCAUGCAUAAAUUCCUUUCCUGUAAGUUACGUUCUUUUCUCUCAUUUUGUUUAUUUCAUAAACCAUUCUAGCUCUGGUGCAGCCAACACUCGUAUCAACAUUGACAAAACACCAAAAGCCGUAUCCUCAAUGAUCUGUUGGAAGUUGCUGAUUGGUACUCUUUUGCAUCGUCCAGAGGUCUAAAAGAAGCUUUUAAAUAUUCACUUCAGGAAAAUGAAGUCCCUACAUUUUGAAGCCCAUAGCAAAACUUUAUACUACUGCUUAAAAGUUACGAAAAAAAAGGUAAAAGUUCCCAAGUCCCAUACAACAAGGCCACACAAACUACAUCCAUGAGUUUUACAGGCUAAAAGCGGCAGAUGUAAUAACAUUCUCGGCAUCUUUACUAAAUACAAAACUAAAUGAGCCAAAACCCACCGACGACAGCCCCGACGAGUCCUUACAUGCUUACCAGUUAACCACAUAGGU